AUGGAGGAGAGGAAUUCCCGGAGCUGCCCCGAUCCGGAUAGUGACCAAUUCUGGCGUUAUUUCGGAUUUGAUCUGGUCACUGGACAGGGUAGAUUGUCCACAAAUUCAAUACUUGGCUGCGGGAAUUCUGAGCAAUAUUUUGCUGCUGGAACAUCAGAGCACACCAAGCUGCUGAUUGAUCAUUCGGCUAUCCACGGACUUGUGGGGCUCACCACUUCCCGAGAUCAUCGUACUAGGGUGGAGGCUGUGACGGCAUUGGGUAAUAUUGCCUCUGAUUUCCUUACAUGUCCGGAUUUUCGAGCAUUCGACGCAUAGAGCUGCCACAUGGACAUUUGCCAAUUUGUUCAAGGGAAACCCACAGCUUGAUCUUCAACAGGUGGAGGCAGCUAUCCCAAAUCUUAACCAUUUGAUGAAGAAGUCUUUGAAAAUGCCUGCCGAGCACUCUUAUAUCUCGUUGAGUAUGUAGAUAAAUUGAAGGACAACAUAGUUGAAGAAAGUAUCCUCCGGCAACU